CUGUAGAAUGGACCUCAAGGAUGCCGUGAUAGAUAUUUCGUCAGAGUCGAGCUUCAAUACGUACAUCCGAUGCGGUGAGCCAUACUCCGAGAAUGACGUUUACAAUGGCCCAAUGAUAGACAAGUCAUGUUCAGAUGCAAGUGGUCGAUAUGUCAGGAUAAGCAGUAACGUAUCACCAAUACAACUAUGUGAGGUUCAAGUGUUUAAGUCAGAAAUGGAUGUGUGCUCCUUGGGAAAUAACUGUAGCUUCACAAAUGGUCUAUGCGUCAAUAAGGGAAUCAGCUACUACUGCGAUUGUAAUCCGAAUUAUUAUCUCCACGAUGAUGGACGCUCCUGUGUAG